AUGAGUGAUAUUCACUCCCUGGAUCACCUCCAGCGCCCAGUCUCCCAGUGUAUCCCUAGCACCAGUGUUGCGCCCCUUGUCGAUAGAAUCCUCAGCAACCCGUUGACUUUUGUUCCCGCACGCCAAAAAGACAAGCUUGCCAACGUCAGACCCACCAACUACAUUGUCUUAACCGACCAGGUGUCUGAAAACUUCCUCAAACUACAAGAACAGCAGAUCCUCGCGCAAAGAGAGGAGGCCGUGUUAAAACAACAGCAGAUCGCGGAAGACGAAAUGAAACGGCCAAAGAGCAUGUUGGAAGCGGUUACCGCAUACACGAAUAAGCGAUUUUUGUCUAAAGCCGAACUGAAAGCAGGGAAACAGAAACAGCAGGAUGAGAAAAUGCAAGAAGACUUGGGGAAGGACCUCGACGAGGCCAGAAAUGUGGCUGAAGCAUCCGAGAAUUCCUCAGAGAAGGAAACAGAACCCGAAAGCUCCCCGGUGGAAUCUGAAGCUUCCGAACCGGAAUCCGAAACCCCAAAUGAUAAUCAGUCUGACAGUGAUGAGACCGGAAGUGAAAGGUUUGUGGAUGCGGUGGACCGGGUGGAUGACACCUCCGAGGAGGAUGUGGAUUACAACAGUGACGUCGCUGCCGCGGCGGAGGAGGAAUCUGAAUCUGAAUCUGAAGACGGAGAAGAGGAUUCCCAGUCCGAAGAUGAGGGCGUGGAAGUCCCCCAACCUGGCGAAGACGGCGUGAUGAAAGUUUCAGAGAUAAAUGACACAGAAAGACGCGCGACGCCGUCCGGGGAAACCUCAGAUGCUUCGGAUAUUUCCGAAGCCUCGGCCAAGGCACGGGCGGAGACUCCACCAACAUCCCCAGAAGACGACACCAAGCACAUCAUCGCCAACUCGCUCGCUGAGUUUCAAGGCAUCAACGAAAACUCAGAGGACCGCGGGUCAAACGGCUCCACGCGCAUCUACAAGAACUGGCGCGAAAUCAAGGGAAAACCCGUUGGUUUGCUCAACCACGGCGUCACAUGUUACAUGAACUCAGCCGUGCAGGCGAUGAUCCACAUUCCAGCCGUCCAGCACUAUUUAAAUGACGUCCACGCGGGCAAGUACAACGCGGUAUUAAAGUCGCGCUCAGUAUCACACGUGAUGGCAGACCUUGCGCACCGUAUGUGGAAUGACGCCAAGCCAACCAAGUACGUCAACCCCAAGAAGUUGAUUGGCCGUUUGGACGACAUCAACUGCAUGAUGUCCGCGUGGCAGCAGGAGGACUCGCACGAGUACUUUAUGUCGUUGUUAUCGCGUUUGCAGGAAGACUCCACGCCUUCCGGGACCAAGUUGAACGAGAGCAUUAUUUACGAUAUAUUCGGUGGUUUGUUGGACCAGACCGUGGUGUGCAAGAGCUGCCACGCGAAAAGUGAGACCCAGCAGGAGUUCUACGACUUGAGUUUGGGCUUGGACAGCAAGAAAAAGAAGGCGGCUCUGUUGCAGGAACCUGAUGCUUUGGGGAAUACCGUUGUGCUAGAGGAAGCCCCGGCCCAUCGCUAUUCCCUUGAAAACUCUAUCAAAGACUUUUUUUCCCAGGAAAUCAUCAGAAAGGACAAGAAGGACGCCAAUUCCGGGUACGACUGCGACGCGUGCAAGCAGAAAACCGCCGCGUUGAAGCAGUCAAAGAUCAACCGUGCGCCAGAAGCGUUGGCCGUGCACUUGAAACGCUUCCGGUUCAACGGCAGCUCUGGCUCCAAAGUUAAACACCCGGUUUCAUACCCAAACAUCUUGGACUUGACCGAGUACACUUCCGGUAACGAGCCAGUUAAGUACCAGUUGAUCAGCGUUAUUGUUCAUGCCGGCCGCUCUGUCUCAUCCGGGCACUACAUUGCGCAUGCGCGCCAACCCGACGGUACCUGGAACACGUACGACGACGAGUAUCUCAACAAAAUUUCCGAAAAGCAGGCAUUGCGCGACCCUGCGGCGUACUACUUGGUCUACACCCGGUUGACCCACAAGACCGCGAGCCUGCCGCCGCCGUCUGCGAAGAGAUCAGGUUCGAAGACCGGGAACAAGAGAAAGAUGAGAAGAGUUUAGCAUAAAUAAUAUUCAUGUUGGAGGAGAUGUAGUGGAGGUGGACUGUCAAUUACGGGACGAGCCACGGUAGAACUAAAAUGAUAGCAACCCGAGACCCG